AUGCAGUGUGACCGAUUAAUUAUUGGUCAGAAUAACUACAGGAACAUCACAACGGUGGACAUGAUGGUCAUGAAGGAGCAUUUCUCUUACUAUGAAGAUCAAGACGUGCAGGUACUUGGGAUGCCGUACAGUGGUGGUCAGACACAGAUGCUUAUCAUUCUCCCGCAACAACGUUUCGGUCUAGCUGAUGUUGAACAAAAGCUUACUGGAAAAAAGCUGUUGUCCUACGUUCAGCAGUCCCACGAUGCUGAAGUUGAAGUUGAAUUGCCAAGAUUCAAGUUGGAAAAGCGACUUGAACUGGUGGAAGCACUGCAGAAACUGGGCAUGGGACUUGCAUUCAGUGAUUUCGCCACUUUCACGGGGAUUAGUGAAGAGCCAUUGAAAAUUUCGGACGUCAUUCAAAAGGCAUUCAUAGAGGUAAGUCUAAUACAAAAGCUAAACUUGGCUAAUAAAAAAGCUAGAAUUAAAGUUGGAGCGGUUUGA